AUGACUCGACGCAACCGGAAGAAAGCCGCUACAGUCCAUGCUCAUGGCCACAAGCACUCUGACGACUCUUGCUGUAGAUCUGGCCCAUCCCAUGAGGUCGAAAAGAUCCACAGCCACCAUGUCCUCGACAGUCCCAAUGAAUCAGAUAUCGAGAAGGACGGCCAGUUCUCGCACGUCCUUCUCAAUGUGGUCGGCAUGGACUGUACCGGGUGCGCCAAUAACUUGGCCAGGGCUCUUCGAGUACCCGGCACUCGCAACGUUCAAGUGGCGUUUGUCAUAGGUAUUGCCGAGCUUGAUGUCGACCUCAAGAAAACCAGCAUUGAGCUGUCAUCAGUAUUGGGCAACGGGCAACUCGCUACAAAUUGA